AUGCCUUCGGAAGCCGGUCACAGAUUAUACGUCAAACCGAAUGAACCGAUACUAACAUUUGUUUCCAGGGGACGUCACCUCAGCUACCAGCGUAGCCGUCACGUCACCCACUCCAAGACGAGUCUGAUCAAGAUCGAGGGAGUCGACGACACCAACGCCGCCAACUUCUACCUCGGCAAGAAGAUCGCCUACGUCUACAAGGCUCAGAAGGAGAUCCGCGGUUCCAAGAUUCGCGUCAUCUGGGGCAAGGUUACCCGCCCUCACGGCAACUCUGGCGUCGUCCGCGCCAAGUUCUCCAACCCCCUUCCCACCCGCUCUUUCGGCGCAUCCGUUCGCGUGAUGCUCUACCCCUCGUCGAUUUAA